ACACCUUGAUGUUGCGUGACAGAUCAUCUGAUCACACACACUUUGCCUCAGAAUCUGCCUCACAAAGAUGAUGCGAUGCACAUUAGGGCAGUCAUGGCUCACAAUGAGUUCAGUUAUUGUGAGGCAGGUUGAGUGGCUGUUAUUCUCCCGCAGGUAAAGCAGGCUCUGAGACAGGAAGUCCAAUGAUGGAGCAUGUCUGAACAGCCACAAUAAACUGUAAUAAAUCACUGUUUAGAAUACUUGCAAAGAUCGGCACAACAUUAGAGCGUCUUCCUGGGCAUAAGAGCAUCAACCGGCCAAGCAGGAGGACGCGAUUUCAGUCUCAUCAUAAACUGAAAAUCACCGGAACACCGCAGAUGCGCUAAAUUCUUCCUCAUCAGGUGUCGACAAGGUCGUGAUGUCGCUGCACUCCCAAUGAAGCAGGAUGCACAGAAAACUUAGCUUUGUUGGCAGGUGAUUCUGUAAGUGACCCGACGGUGGCGAGCUGACUGACCUGUCAUUCCUUUAGCAAACGCCAUGAGUCGUAACGUAAUCGACAGUUGUCAGCACUUGGUUAAAUAGCUUGGUUAAAUAAAUGAUUUAAAUAAAUAAUUGUUACGUUGGUUAAUGUUAACAAUGUGGAUCUCAGUGUGUGUCAAAACACGACCGCAAUCCUUCAAGAAUUACAAAUAUUUGCCGAUGUUGCGCUUCAAAAGCUCUUGGGCGUUUUAUUGUGAAAGUCCGGCGACUGGCCCCGCCCCCGGUUUCCCUUUUUCGUAUUUCGUUUUGAAAGUGGAGAAAAGGAGAAUGAGUAAAUCAGUAUGUCGCAAAUGUGUUUUACCGAUUUACGGAAACGAAACACAGCAUGAAAAGACGUUGUUCAAUUUUCAUUUUACACAUGAAUAAUGAAUUGCCCUUCAUGCACGGACCGUCGCGUGGUAGUGCGCCACAACCUUUACUGGUACCGUUGGGCUCCUGUUGGGCCCAGUUGGUCCAUUCAUUGAUUCGUCCUCAUGCUAAUGAUCUGAACCAUUGUCCCUGUGUAGAGUCCAGAGUCUGGGCUCGGAAACAGAACUGCUCUGUCCGUAUACUUCUGUCCUACAGCUGAGGGGCGGGGCCACAGAGAAGCCCCGCCCAGCAGGACGCACCGGUGAACACAGCGAACACUCCUCCUGCAGCGCCAACAAACUUUCACUAGGUUUCUUCUUUGUUCCGUUUCUGCAUCGGUUCAGUUCGGUCCGCACAAGGAGACCGACGACAGAGGAAGUUUAAGACUAGAUUCGGAGAGGUGGGACUGGAGCUGGAGACGUGGUUCCGCUGCAGACAGACGACGGGUCCAAAACUUUCAUAGCGGCUGCAGAGAAACCGAGCAGCGAAAGAUUCGGGGUAAACAGCAGCUCGGUGCUGGUCCCGGUUGAAGGUCCUCAGUUCCACACACAGAGGACGGAACCAGAUGAUGAGUUCAAUUUCCAGCAGGACGCUCAUGGGCGCGUUAAGUCACGGCGAGCUCUCGUCUUAUUACUCCUCGGAUUAGUUUCUGUCUGGUUCUGAUCCAGUUCCGGCUGAAUGAAGAUGAAACUUUGGGACGGUUUUUCUUCCUGGGCGCGGAUUUGGAUGAAAUUAGCGCUUUUCGCAAAUAAAGUGCGGCCGUGAAGGCUUUCCCCCCUGUACUCAUGAAACCGAGUUCGGCUCAGUAUCGUGGCUCUGGAUCACAGCUGCGGAAUCAUCACACGAACGCGGGACAAUGAAGAUCGUUGAUUACUGACAGUCCGUCUCCUGCAAACAUCCAAACGGAACAAAUCCACGUCCCAUAUUCACUUGAAAGCUUUGAGACAAUCCAGAGCUUGGUUUGGAUGUGCUUUGGUUCUGCUUUUGCUUUCAACGCGCUCAGAGUUGAGAAGAGACGCGGAUGUUCGCUGCGCCGACGCACAUGGAGCGCUACGGGCGGCCACUGCUGCUGUUGGGUCUCCUGCUCCCACUCUGCGCCGCCGUCACCGACGACCGAAUCUCGGACCGGUACGGAGUCUACUGGAACAGCUCGAACCCCAGGUUUUUCAGGGGCGACUACAUCGUGGAGGUGGCCAUCAACGACUACCUGGACAUCUACUGCCCUCACUACGAGGUACCAGAACCGGUGGAGCGUAUGGAGCACUACGUGUUGUACAUGGUGAACUAUGACGGCUACACCAGCUGCGACCACCACAGGAAGGGCUUUAAGCGCUGGGAGUGUAACCGGCCCCAGAGCCCCAGCGGCCCGCUCAAGUUCUCUGAGAAGUUCCAGCUGUUCACUCCCUUCAGUCUGGGCUUCGAGUUUCGGCCAGGACACGAGUACUACUACAUCUCGUCCCCACACCCCAACCUGGCCGGGAAGCCCUGCCUGAAGCUUAAGGUCUACGUCAAACCCACCAAUGACUCCGUGUACGAAUCGCCAGAGCCCUUUCUGACAGAUGACACCACCGGCGGUGGCAGCCUCGUUGCGCCUCAUCUCUCCCUGCUCUCCGCCAUGUUGCUCGCCACCCUCCUCUUCCUCGCCUCCUCAUAGCACCACUUCUUCAUCCUCCUUUCACUUGAGGGUGAAGCAGGAAGAUAAAGCAGCUGUCUCUGCGUGAGCUUUGACCAGUACCUUAACACCACUCAGACUCUGAAGGAUGCCUGGUGGUGAAAGGAGGACGUACUCUUCAAGCUGAGGCUCAUUGUCACUGGACAAACAUCUGCCAAAAUGUUCCUGUUCACAGGUACAAAGGCCUUUCUAUGAAUUUAACGAUAUAAGCUCAGAUCAGGUCUGAAGCAUAGCUGCAAUGUGUUUGGAACACAUUGGAGCCAGACCAAUAGGUUCUGAAUAAACCAUCUUCAGGUUUGACCACAAAACAAAUCAGCUGCCUAUGAAAAUGUACAAAUUUGAGUUCGGCAGAUUGGACUUGAAUGAAAUGACUGUUUAUUUAUUGUUUUUAAACAAUCAGUUUUCAAUUUAAAAUCAAAGUGUCGCAGCUGAUACCAGAUGAUAAAUGGUUGUUUUUAAUGCAACACUUAAAAUGGGCACAAAGAGGGAAUGUUAAAAAAAAAUCAUAUGGAACCAAAAUUAAGAUUAUUUUCUCUUUAAACCAUUUUUGUAAAAUUGUAAAAAGUAAAAUGGUCAGGCUGCUUUAAAUGUUUACUCCGAAGGUUUCAGGGCUUAAAUAAAACCAUUUGUUUCUCCCUCACUCAAUAUAUUAGCAAUGAAAAAUAAUCAUUUUAUGUGUUUGAGCCAAACAAUCAGGGAGAAGAUCAGGUUUUUAUCCAGGAUAGUGAUUGUAGCAUUUCAUGAUAUUCUCCAACUCGUCUGAGUCUAAGGUGUCGUCUACAGUGAUCAUUAUCAUCAUCAUCAUCAUCUGCAUGAACACCAGAAACAGACUCAAGCCGUGUCCAGGGUCUGGACUCACUGAUCCGCUGCAGCAGUAUGGUGGUUGCACAGACAGAACCAGCUACAGUACGUGAAUGGACAUAGACAGGCUCACAUGGUGUCACAUCAGUGGUCCUGGUGUCCGUUUACGCGUUAGAUCUGUUUAAUUAGAAUACUGAUGAAGUCCAGCUUUAAAAGCAAGAUGCUCCUGGAUGAGAGAAGAUUCCAGCUCGGUUUGUAAUUACUGACAUCACAUCUUCCACAGAUGUUGGGCUGUAGUUGAACAUGAUCCUGGACCUAUGAUGAAUCCAGCAGGUCGCAUAGUGAACCGUCUGCCUGAAAGGUGGCAACGCUGAAAGCACAGAUAAAUAACCUGACUCUGGGUCUCAGCCUGAUGACACACACACAGCUGUUCACAUUAAUAACGUUCAGUGGUUGUGGCUCUUUUCUGUGUAAGUAUGGACAGAUAUUAAUGUAACAAGGUGUCAGAUCCAGAUCCAGACCUUUCAGUUCCAACCUUCCAAAGACUUUUUUAUUAGAAGAUAGGGAUCAGGAUUUCUGUGGCUUAACUUUUUAAUAAAUUUUGUUUUGCUGUAAAAGGGUAAAAACACAAAUGUUACAUCCAAAUUGAAAAUGACAAGAUCAAGAAUGGCUUUUUUCCUCAGUGGUGAUGACUUUUUUUUGUGGUCGAGCAAAAGAAGGAAGAAAAGGCUUUGAGCUCCGUGGGCUGGGUUGCCUUGAACCUGCAUAAUCUCCAUUGAGUGGAGCGUGUCCUUGCGUAGACAAACAGACAUGCUGGAAAAUGCAGUAUAUAUUUGAUGAACACACUGUGAUGAAGGAAGGACAGACGGAUAAUAAAGCACUUGGACUUGUAUUAAGUUUUUAAACUUGUCAUUUAAACGUGCCAUUUCUCACCUAAGCUGUGCAGGAGUCGAUGUGAUGCUCGUCGUUGUUGAUUCAUUCUGGUCUAUGUGUUGUGGUUUCUGGAGCUUUCCAACUCAUCAAACAUUUCUUUGUUGAUUUCUGUGCAGGUGAAAUCGGUUUGUGUAAAAGACGGGAAAACUGUUCAGAUGGUGUUUUUGUGAGAUAUCACUGUCCUUUCAAGCAUCUGAAUUUAUGUCCCGUCCUUUUUUUCUACAUUAACAAAUGUGCAUUUUUUUUUGAGAAAGAAUUGUUUUGUAUAUUUUCUGUUUGCUGCAGUAAAGGGUGCAGUUAUGCGUAACAAGGGGUCAGAGGUCACCAGGCCUUUACAGGACACUUGUCUCCUGUGUUGCAUGAGCACACAAUAAAAAGAAUUAAUUUGAAGAAGAGGGAAGUUGUUAAAAGGGCCAUGAAUCUGUGUUUCAUAAAAUCACCACCAUUAAAAGAAGGUUCCACUAAAACCAUGACUUUGUUUAGUUCAUCCACGAAGGGAAAUGAGUCGGUUUGACUCCAGGUUCUGUUGCAGCGACUACAGCUCUGAGCUUUGAACGCUGCAGCGUGUAAAAGCUGAGGUUGGUGGCAGCAUCGCGCCCCCUGUUGGCCAGUCAUUACAGCACUACGGGAGCGGAGUGUUUAAUAUAAUGUCCAGAGCUAAUUGUGAUGUUAUGAAUGAAUUAUCAGAUAUAACUAGCUGAAUCUGUUUUAGAAAUGAUUCUUCAGAUUCACAGUUUUAGUUUUUUCUGUUUUAUUAGACUAAUUAAACGAGCAUGUUGUACGGGUUUAUUGUGGGAAGUCGCCUUCAUCCUUAUCUUCAUCCCAGCCUGACAGAAAGCCGUCAGUGCCGUUGCCUAAAACACUGGACCGCGUCUACAAGCGGAACCGAAUCUGAGCUGCUUUUACAGGCUAAUUCUCACCUGCUUAGUGUAGUUUAGAUUCUUGCUUUUUGUGGUUUCAGCUGUUUGCCUUUUUUCUAUUUGUUUACUAUAAUUUAAUAUUGAGGACUUUAGUCAGAGUCAUGAAGUUAAAAUCAGAUACAGUCAAAAUGUUACUAUUCUGUCCUCGCUUGUGCGCACAGCUGCCUUCUAGCUUGACAAAGAGCUACCAGGUCUCCUCCAAAAAGUCCCAGCACACACAAUGUUUCAUUUCAAUACUUUUAUCAGAGGUGACACUUUAGCACAAACAAAGCAUGCAUUACUGGUCAAUAUUCACCAUUCAAGAGCAUUAUGAAGUACACGUUCACCAUUCGCAUAUGGCAAACAAUCAUGGGAUUUAAUAUGUCUAUCUAUUGCUGAUAAUAAAGGACAUUAAAAACAUGCACAAUUAAAACAAAUCAAUGUAUCAAACGAGUGCCAACCCGGUCCGUGUACGUUCUAACAGUUGGAUUUCCCCCUCCAGAAUAAAAGCUGGGGAAACGAGAAACGCCUUACUUCCUUAGGCCGCACAUCUGGCGUACCGUCAGAGCAAACCUUACAGCGUGUGUGUAUAAGGGGGGGGGGGUCUCUCGUUACAAUACUAAGUUACUGGACUUACUGGGAGCUGUGGUCCUGACUACUUUGCCAUGACAGCUGACUUUUUGCUGUAGAUGCGACCAAUUUUAUUCGACAGUCAUGCAUGUAUUGCACAAGAUCCUGGGUUGAGGCACAUUGAUUGAUUUGGGGAUGACCCACAAAUUACCUUCUAUAACUUCUAUAAGAGGUCCAGUGCACAUAACUGUGGUCACAAGGUCAAAUAUUGUAGUGGCCGUUUACCACAUCCAUAACCUUAAAGGCUACUUAGCUUGCUGUGAUUAUGAAAAAAAUUGCUACUUUAUUUAUUGUGUGAUUGCUCCUGUUUAUGCAAUUUGUAAGUUAGUGUUUUAUUGUUAUACAGUACCAUCAUCUGUUUUUCUUUUAAUAAAUGUUUUUUGUAUUUAGAAAAAAAACAAAGAGGCCGUUGUUUGAAACUGUGUAUUUCAUGGCUAACAAUGCUGGACAGCUAACACACACAGGACCCGUAGCACCAUCAGCCUCUCUCCCAGUGCUCUACCCCACUAAGGUGUUGUUUUACUUGGACCAUGCCUCUAUCAGACCACAGCAGCCACAGGACAACAUUCCUAUGAAUGAUGAGUUUACUGUCAUGGUUUUGCUCAUUUGCAGUAUCUCAACCAAUGGGCUUUAAUUAAUUACUCUGGGGAUUGUAGAACACAUAAAUAACUGUAGAAUAACAUUUGGCGCAUCUAGAGAGUCAGAAAUUAUUCUGUACUCUGACAAAUAUAUACGUCUGGGUCACACUUCUUCUAUUGACCUCUGUGGUCUGACCCAGUGACAGUUUCAACCUGUUCACCCACCUGGACAUCUGUGUCUCCUAUCUUAAUAAAAUGGAUACCAUGUACAUGUAAAGUGUAAUGUGUACAGUAGAACUACAGUAUGUUCAUGAUCUGCCAGUUUUAGAACAGGAGGAGCUGGUAAUGUGUCUGAACACGCCAGUAGCACAGCGCCUGGUUGUUUGGGUUGGCUGCCACGACAGGAAAGUCGUAAGGACCACAGCUCCCAGUAAGUCCAGUACAUUGAUACUAAUAUAGGUGACACAUUGUCACUGGUUUCACCAGAACACCAGAAGUUCAUAAACACUUCUGUCCUUCACUCAUUUUAUCCAUCAUGGUACACCAGUCGUAUUUUGUUGGUUGUAUUUUGUAAAAGUGAAAACUAUUAAAGGAAAAUGAAAAAUAAAAGUGUCAAUUAUUUCUAAACCAAAGAAUUGUACUGUCACAAAAUAAAAACUUAAAAUAAA